CGUCAGCAGAGCACUGCUUUUGCACCCUAUGUCCAAAUCAGAGCUCUGCUCGACAUUUUAAAAAGUUUGAGCAGAUACACUGACCAGUAUCUAACACUGCAAGAUGGGAAGUGGAAUUAGUUCUGAGAGCAAGGAGUCAGCCAAAAGAUCCAAAGAACUAGAGAAAAAGCUUCAGGAAGAUGCUGAGCGAGAUGCAAGAACAGUAAAAUUGCUGUUAUUAGGAGCAGGAGAAUCUGGAAAAAGCACCAUUGUGAAACAAAUGAAGAUCAUCCAUAAAAACGGUUACAGUGAACAAGAAUGCAUGGAGUUCAAAGCAAUAAUUUACAGUAAUACAUUGCAAUCCAUCCUAGCUAUUGUGAAAGCCAUGGCAACCCUUGGGAUUGAUUAUGUAAAUCCCAGAAGUGCAGAAGACCAACAACAACUUUAUGCGAUGGCAGAUACCCUGGAAGAUGGUGGUAUGACACCUGAACUGGCUGAGAUAAUAAAACGACUGUGGAGAGACCCAGGAAUUCAGGCCUGCUUUGAAAGGGCAUCUGAAUAUCAGCUCAAUGACUCAGCAGCUUACUACCUGAAUGAUUUGGACAGAAUAGCAGCUCCUGGAUAUGUCCCAAAUGAGCAAGACGUUCUGCAUUCUCGAGUGAAAACUACUGGAAUCAUUGAAACUCAGUUCUCCUUUAAAGAUCUGCAUUUCAGAAUGUUUGAUGUAGGUGGACAGAGAUCUGAGAGAAAGAAAUGGAUCCACUGCUUUGAAGGAGUCACAUGCAUUAUAUUUUGUGCCGCACUCAGUGCCUAUGACAUGGUCCUGGUGGAAGAUGAAGAGGUGAACAGAAUGCAUGAAAGCCUUCACCUGUUCAACAGUAUCUGCAAUCACAAGUACUUUGCAACCACCUCCAUUGUCCUGUUUCUCAAUAAAAAAGAUCUCUUUCAAGAAAAAGUAACCAAAGUGCAUCUCAGUAUCUGCUUUCCAGAGUACACUGGGCCAAAUACAUUUGAAGAUGCAGGGAAUUACAUCAAGAACCAGUUUCUAGACCUGAAUUUAAAAAAAGAAGAUAAGGAAAUUUAUUCCCACAUGACCUGUGCUACAGAUACUCAAAAUGUCAAGUUUGUGUUUGAUGCAGUUACAGACAUAAUAAUCAAAGAGAAUCUGAAAGACUGUGGGCUUUUCUGA